AUGGGUAUUGGUGGCUCAGUCAUUUCAACAGAGUCUAUUGCAAAGACGGUUGGUCUGAGCAAUCAGAUGAAUGAUGAGCUUAAAGUAUUGGUAUCACAACAAUCAAUACCAUUAGAGGUUGAACAAUUCAUGGAAACUCUUUUGCUUAGUUUGAAUUUCUCUGAAAGUUCCAAUCAUACCUAUCUAUCUAUACUAUUACAAGAUCUAUCAAAACAAUUAGUUUCAUUACCUUCACAUUAUUUAAUUAAUAAUAAUAUUAGCAAUCAAAAUAAUAAUCAAAAUAAUAAUAAUAAUAAUAAUCAUCAAAAUAUAGAUACAAAACUUCAAAUUAAAAUAUUGAAUCAACAACAAUAUCUUAUAAACUAUACUAUACUAUUACAAUCAUUCACAAGAUAUUUCAUAGAGAAUAUGGUACAACUUGAUCUGGAGGAUCAGUUUUGUGGUGUUGAUCGAUCUUAUAAAGACCUACCGUUCGAUCUAUUAACAGGAAUAGUAAACUUUUUAUCUCUAGAAUCAAAAAAUCUUUACAACAAUGUAAUCUAUGACAAACCAAGACCUUCAAGUUCAAGUAGUUUAUUUAAUUCUAUUGGAAAUGCUGCAUCAUUCCUUUUAUUAAUACCAUGGAGUGCAUAUAGAUAUUUUUUCCCUGUAGAUAGUUCAUCUCAUUCUGGGCCGCUUUCAGACCUAUCACUACUUACAUUACUUUCAAUGAUUCAAUAUUACUAUCUACCCAUCAAUCCAUAUAGAAAGAUAACACAUUCAAUACAGGAUGCUGAUUUUUCAGAUUUAGAUAAAAAUACAAAUAUAUCAAUAUCAAUGUCAAAGUUGUAUGAAGUUAUUUUACAAUCACCUGCAUCCAACAAAAACCUUUUAUUAUUAUAUUAUUUAUUACAAGAGAAUCCUUAUUUCUUUAAAUAUGUACAGUCAAGAACAGAUAUAGAUAAUUUAGUUUUACCAAUGUUACAAGUUUUAUAUAGUUCAUUUGAGGAAAAACCUCAACAAGUAUAUAUGAUCUUAAUUAUUAUACUUAUUUUAUCACAAGAUACUUUAUUCAAUGCAAACGUUCAUUCUUUGGUUAUUCAUCAGGUACUUUGGUAUAAAGAAAGACAUUUAGUUGAUAUCUCAUUGGGUGGAUUGUUAAUGGUUGUUUUAAUUAAAUCAAUCAUGUUGAAUCUUUCUAAAUUGAGGGAUGUUUAUCUUCAUACCAAUUGUUUAGCAAUAUUAGCAAAUCUUUCUUCAAAUAUAUCACAUAUUCAUCCAUAUGUUUCAUCUAGAUUGGUAAAGUUAUUGGAAAUUUUAAGUAAAAGAUAUAUGAAAUUGAAAAGAUCAUCAACUCAAAAUCAAUCAUCUGAAAAUUUAGAAAUCUCUUUAACAGAUAUAAACUCUGAUGAAUUACAAACACAUUCAGAUUUUCUAUACAUAGUGUUACAGAUUAUAAAUAAUACACUUACAUACAGAGCUACAUCGAAUCCUCAUCUUAUAUACUCUCUGUUACACCAAAAUGAAUAUCUACCAGGUUUCAUUAACGAUGAUAACCUCUCAGAGUUAUCAACAAAUAUCCUAAAUAUAUUAUCAUUUUUUACCUAUGAAUUAUCAUUGGAGAGUUCACAAGAUUGGUCAGCAGAGAAGAUUCUACUGUUUUUAGAAACUAAAUCAAAACAGAUUGCAGUACCUCCAUUGGAUCAAGAAGGUAUUCUACGUUUCAAAUAUGAAGAGGAGUCAAAUAGUUUCGAAUUUAUAACACCUUAUAUAUGGUCGCUCAUCUACAAUUUCAUGGGUGAGAAAUGGGACACCAAACACCUUACCCUAUUCCAAAACAAACCAUCAGACAUUGAAUCAACAGUUAAAGAUAUCAGUGACAAAAUCAAAAGUAAUGAUUUACUUUCCGAUGAUUCCAAUAAUAAUAGUCCUGAUUUUCAGUCAACAAUAAAUUCGAUUUAA